AUGAAGUUCUACGUCGUCUUUGCCUUGGUCCUGGCUUUUGCUGCGUGCUAUGCCUCUCGGGAAGGAACCGACUUCUACUGUGGAAGGAACUUGGCUAUUACCAUAGCCGAUUUGUGCUACAAGUCUGAGGUCGCUAAGCGUGAUGCGGGCUGGUGGAUGCCUCCUCAAGGUGUCAGGGCUUUGGGUGGCAUCAGAGGCAAGCGAGGACCUGUGGACGAGUGCUGUGAGAAACCCUGCUCCCUUGACGAACUUCUGUCUUACUGCUAG